AUGGCUUCCAAAACAAGAGCUUCGUCUAUCAUCCUCCUUUUGCCCUUGUUGCUGUUGUCUCAGUGCUUCUGCGAUUCCGAUGCCUAUGAAAGAGUCACCUACUGGGGCCAGAAUGCAAAAGUUGAAGGAGACUUGGUGGACGCAUGUUACAGCGAAGCCUACGAAAUCAUAAACAUAGCAUUCCUCGAUACAUUCGGCAACGCAGCGACACCUACCUUAAACUUAACCGGACAUUGUGGUGAUUCCUCGCCGAAUAAACGCCCUUGCACCGAAUAUGCCUCCCAAAUAAAGGCAUGCCAAGAACACGGCGUCAAGAUUUUCCUUUCUCUGGGUGGGUACUAUGGGAACUACCAGCUAGCUUCAGUUGACGAGGCUAAACAGUUGGCAGAAUACCUCUGGAACAACUUCCUCGGCGGCCAAACGGAAUCAGAACUUCCGCUAGGAAAUGUGGUGUUAGAUGGCAUCGACUUCUUCAUCAAACAUGGUUUACCAAACUUUUAUGAUACUCUAGCGAAACAGCUUCACGCUUACUCCCAAGAAAAGAAGUUUUACCUAUCAGCAGCACCACACUGUGAAAUUAAAGAUAAAUACUUGUACUCAGCCAUCAAAACUGGGGCAUUUGACAAACUUCACGUUUUGUUCUACGAAAAGCCUUCGUGCCUAUACCAAGAUGCUAAUACUUCGAAGUUUCUAACAGCAUGGGACUCGUGGGCGGACAAGUACCCUUCCCCGAAAUUAUAUGCCGCCGUCUAUCCAAUUUAUGGCCGUACAUACAAUGUCCCACUUCGCUCUCUCAACCAGAAGCUGAUUCCAGUCCUAAAAUCCACUCGUAAUUUUGGCGGUGUCGUGGUGUCCAACAGGUCUGAUGAUGUUCAAACUGGUGAUCCUACGUACUGUUAUCAAAUCGACUUCGAUCAAGAUCUCCAAUCUGCGCCAACGAUUAACUUGAUGAUGCCAUCUGCCUAG